AUGUAUUUACUCAGAAGAAUAGUUUUGAUAUCAGUGUGUAUCUCAUUGAGUAUUGCCUUUGCUACGAAACGUAGCAUUAAAGAUAUUAAUUAUCAAAUUGUUGAAACUAACAUUGAAGAGGAAUUUGAUGAAAAUGGAAAUCCAAUUUUCAAAACAGUCAUUAAAAUUGAAGAUUCAUUGAAACUUAUAAAUGAUAAUUUUAAUAUUAUGCGAGAGCAAUUUAUUGAAGAUCAAGGAAAUAUAUUUGACGCUGUCAGAGAUAACAUUGAAGAAUACAAAAGUUCCCGCGAUUAUGAUUUAAAGCUAUACAAAGAAAACAUUGAUAGAGUAACUGAAAAAUAUUACGACAUUUAUGUAGAAACAUUACGAUCUCGAAAAUUGGAAAUAGAGGAAAAUAUUGCAAGUAUUCAAAGUAAAGCAAUGGAUGAGAAUUCUGAAUUAUCAGAAAAUAUGAGAAUGACAGAAGAAGAAUAUAGAAAUAAACUAGAGAAAUUAAAUGAUCGCAAAUAUUCAUUGACAGCUUUAAUGACUCAACAUUGCGAUGAUUGUGACGAAACACUUAGAGAAUAUAAACUUGAUGUUGAACUUGCACAGAAUGACAAGGAUAUAACUGAACUUCAACAAAAGUUUUUAAAACAAUCCAAGGAAAAUGAGAAGAAAUUGAAAGAAUUUAAUACAGAAAAAGCUGGAGAAUUAAUUGUGAAAUACUCACAACUCGUAGAUUUGCUCAAAAGAGAACUUGAAAUGUAUAAGAAAAGAGAAUCGAUCAUUGAGCAAAAAGAUAGAAUCAUCAGUGAAUGGAAAGCAUAUUCUGAAAAUAUUGAGAAUCUUCAUACAAACGUCAGAUCGAAAAUUGAGGAUUUGACAAGUAAUACCAUUGAUGUUCAAAACUUAAUUUCGGGAAUUGAAAAGCAUGAAACAAAACAAGAUUCUAAGAAAAUUUCAUCCUCAUUUAAUUGGGUUCCUUUUGAAGAAAAUUCAAUGACAUUACCAGAAAAUGCAGUAACUGGAUGUGAAGAUAUUGAUGGAUCAUCACUAUAUGUUAUUCGGAAGAAACGAGGAAAUUCAUAUUUAUAUGGAAAAUACGCUUUUUCAGACGAACGGAAAAAUGCUUACAUAACAAAUGAUGAAAAGGAAUAUGGAAUCUCACAUUUUGAGAUUUUGACAGCAACAAACUAUUCAUGGUGUGAAACAAACUCAUUUGAUACUCACGAUCUUGAAUAUCCUAUUUGCAAAGCAAGCUAUAAAAAUUCAACGGUCCCGGGAACAUUGCUAGAAGAUGGAAGAUGCAGAAUUGGAUUUGAAUGGGGUGUCAAAUUUAUUUCUGAUGACUUUUAUAUUUUGACACCCGGACAGUGCAGUUUUCAACAAAUUCAAUAUUAA